AUGUCUGGUAUUGUCCAGCUUCCGCCUGAGUUAUGGACUCAUACUUUUCUCUAUCUUAGUGUAACAGACGAAGCCGCAAACUCGGACUCCUCCAAUUGGGCAAAGGUUGCGACCGGCAGCGGUGUUCACAGAGACGGUCCAUGUCGUCUAUUAUCCGAAAGCAACUCAGUAAAGCAUGCCAUUGGCCUUGUUUCUAGACGCUUUUACGAGCUUUCAAGGCCUCUUGCUUUGGAGUUUAUUACAUUGCAUACCUUGGAACAGGUACGGUGUCUGGCUCGCAUAUUUUCAGAGAACGCUCGGAUUGCCAAUGUUGCGAAGCGGUGGACCAGGCGGCUCGAUAUUCAUUUGCGGAUGGUUCCAAAGUCAGAAAAUUGCCCCGAACGUCGUUUGACUGAAGAGACAAAGAAGCAAGACGGAAGGAGGCCGCAAAACCUUCUUUCGGACUUGGAGUUGAUUAUUCGUACUUGCACCAAUCUGUCCUAUUUCACUUGCUGUAUCGAUCCAGACCUGAUUGAUAACGCUUUCAACAUCGAUGAUAUUCUUUUGGACGUCUGUGUUCCUCUGAGAGUGUUGCGUUGGCACUUCAAGCCUUGGACGAAAGUCGAGCUAUCCUCACUGCUUCCCGCUAUCCCCGAACUCCGGGUCUUGGACUUAUCCAUGGCCGAUCGUGUGCAACUUGUGACAUCAGAAUUAUACGAGCUCUCUCAUCUUCACACCCUCAUUGGACCCCCAGAAAUCAUAUUCCCACAUUUUGAGGCCAUUUCACUUCCAUCUAUCCGCACCGUAAUCUGUUCCGAAAGAGCACAUCAGAUAAUGCUCCUUCGAGGAGUCAGGCGAUUCUUCGCAUUCCAUGGCAACAAAAUAUCGAGCCUCGAUUUAGUGCACACUCGCGCCUACAAUUGGGAAGACAUUCUACCACUUUGUCCGAACGUUACAGAGGUGAUUUUGGAGGUGUUGGACACAAGGAUAUUGGAGGCAAGAUGGUCUUGCAUCAGAAGUAUCGGGAUAGUCGAUAGCAAAGCCAACACCGAGAAGGCAGCAGAUUUAUUAUUUUAUAUCUUGGGUGUCAUUGAUUCUCAGAGGGAAAAGGGUAAUUAUUUGGAAUUGGAGACUAUCCGUAUCAUGCAAGGAUCCGUCGUGCAGCUCCUCCGAAAACGGCACCUGAAGGCCACCCGGAUUCACGAAAGACGUUUACGCAGCUGGUCCGUUAAACUGGAGGAUGACAACGGAGAUUUGCUUAUAGGUUACAUCAUGAACUUUCAUGCGCUGCGGCGCCUUCGAGGCGUGUUUAACAGCGCCCCUCGACACAGGCACAGCUCACUUAUGGCGCACAUGCCGAGUCCACAUAAGCGAAGUGACCGAGAAUACUAUCAAACUUUGACCAUAUUAUUGCAAAUUAAAGCAUCGGCCAUUAAUGAUUCUGAAUCUCCCGAUCGAGAUGUAAACGAGCAAAGUGCUUCAUGGCGAUACAUCGAAGGCCUGCAGAUAUAA